AUUGCGUAUCGUGACGCUUUAGAGUUUUCCCGAAUCAAUAGUUCUAAGAUCGUAGCAUUGAUUAGCUGUGGUUGUUAUGAGACGACGAUUCAAGUAGCUGGGGAUAGAAGGAAAAGAGAAGAAAAAAUUAUUAUAUUUG